UUUUUUCCCCGAAUGAAAACUUAAAAAGAGAAGAAGAAAGCACGCGAACUGAGAAAGGGACACGACAUCCAUCGGAGGACUGUGUCCUUUUUAAACAGCUUCGAGUGAUGAGCCUAUUCCUCAACUAUCCGUAAUUAGAGUUGAACCAGUUCAACUGAACAUGAGAUUCUGAUUGUGAUUGAAAACCAUAAACCAGUCUCUUCAACCAGAUUGAUAGUCUAGUAGAGAAUCUGUGACUGAUUUGAUGAGAGUGACAUUGAAACCUAGGGUUUUGCUUGAAGGGUUCCCUGAAUAAGAGAAGGGCCCUUUGGUUAUUGAGAGAGAGAGCGAGUGGAAAAUGAAGGAGAUAAUAGGAGGGCCGGGGACAGUGAGUGGGUUAUUACUGAGAAUAGGUCAAUGUGUUUUUGCUGCAGCUUCAAUUUCAAUCAUGACCUCUGCCAUUGGCUUCUCUUCCUACACUUCUUUCUGCUAUUUGAUUGCAUCAAUGGGGCUUCAACUUUUGUGGAGCUUUGGACUUGCAUGUCUUGACAUUUAUGCUUUGAGGAGAAAGAAAGACCUCCAAAAUCCUGUCUUAGUGAGCCUGUUUGUCGUAGGUGAUUGGGUAACAGCUAUGCUAUCACUUGCAGCUGCAUGUUCAUCAGCAGGUGUUGUUGUUCUUUAUGCUAGGGACAUGAACUUUUGCAAGAUCCAUCCAGAUCUUCCAUGUAGCAGGUAUGAGAUUUCCAUACUCUUGGCAUUCCUCACCUGGCUUCAAGUCAGUGUAUCAUCUCAUGUGAUGUUCUGGAUCCUAGCCUCGGUGUAGUUGAUACGUGUGUUUGUUUCCAAGAGUUGCAGAGUACACAAAUGGUAAUAUCUUCUGCUUCACAUGUAAAUUUUUAUCCCACUCUAACAUGCCUUAAUUUUGGACAAUUUUCAGGAUUCCCCUGUUUGUUUGCUAUUUGUUAUGAGUUUUCCUUAGGCAAAUGAAUGUUUUGGUUAAUGAUCAUGUAUUCAUUUAAGCUCUCCAUGUCCUCACUCGCUUCCAAAACUUGACCUAAAGUUUGAGCGAACUAUAACAUAUAACAUUAGAGUUUGGAAGUGCCGUUCUCUGUCCUCUCAGAUGUCCUGUCUUCUUACUUUCGUGCCAACACAUAACUAACCGGUAAUUGGUAGCAAAAAUCAGCUUGGUCUGAUGUUCAUUUCCUUUUAUUUAUGGAAAUUUCAUAAACGUAAAAGCAAAAGAAUAAUCAUGAAAGAAGGAUCACACAUGGUCGGAAAGAAUGCUCUUUUUUCUGAGUUAGGCCAAUUGUCAUUGUUACUAGCAUACAAGAAAUGAAAUUGUUGGGGAAAAAAAAAUCUCUUUAAGAUAAAAAGCAGUGCUGUGAAGUACGGGUGGACUGUGGAUGAAGAAAGACCCCUGCCUGCCACAAAGCACUGACUGUCUGUUAUAGAUAACUGAUGGACACUGGACUGUCGACGUAGUCAAGGGCAGAUUCUAUAAAUUAAGGAGCGUUCAUGAGGGACAAAGCAAUGCUACGUUUCCCUUAUUGAUUAGUGUCCUGUUUGUAAUCUUUGUUUCAGUAGUAUAUUUGCUUUAGAUCAUGGCCAAGACCAUCUUGUAAUGGACUUUGUAUUGAGAUUUGCCCUUUUAAGUUCCUUCGAUGAA